AUGGCACCCUUUGACUUUAUCGCACAGAAAAACAUUCGCGAUGCUCAAUACGCCUUUGCUUGCAGUCUCAUUGCCGCCAAAGAAGACAUUGUUGCUUUCGUCCACAAACGACUUAAUUGGAAUGGGACGGGUUCCUAUAACGGUUUCUUGAAAGGCUCUUUCAAUAUAAGCUUCAAAGUACAACGUGCCGACAGCGACGAGCUGGUCAUCAUUCGUUUCCCCAUUCCUGGAAGAAUACACGAGCCAUGGCGAGACGAAAAAGUUGAGAACGAAGUGAUGGUUAUGAAAUAUCUUCACGACCUAACCAGCAUUCCGGUUCCUCUUGUGCGCGAUUGGGGCCUCACUGAGGACAGUCCGCAGCACUUGGGUCCAUUUAUUAUUAUGGAUUUUGUAGAAGGGCAGGAGUUGAGUGGCCUCCUACAACAACCAACUGAGAACAAGGAAGACGCAGUAGUUCUAGACCCAGAUAUCGACAACGCAAAGCUCGACUUCGUCUAUGAGCAGAUAGCAGGCUUUAUACUGGAACUGUCGCAUCACCGUUUCCCACGCAUUGGAGCCAUAUCCCGGGACGCGACGUCUGGUCAGUGGGAGGUUACUAGACGACCCUUGACGUACGACAUGAACGAGGUUGUUACUCUUGGUGGCUACCCAACCGACAGCCUCGACUCAGCGGCGCCAUUCGAUUGUGCUAGCCAUUUCUUUGCUGCACGUGGCAAAUCUUUUCAAGUACACCUCGAGGCCCAGCGCAACAUCGCUGCUGAUGACGAAGAGCUUGCUUGGAACGAGUUCGUAGCACGACAUUGUUUCGCACAUAUAAUCCCUACACAUGGCACUGUCAACGAAAAUGGGCCAUUUAGGCUUUUUUGUGACGACUUGAGGCCUACAAACAUGCUUGUCGAUCCGGAAACGCUUAAGAUAAGCGCAAUACUCGACUUUGAGUUUACCAACGCCAUGCCAGCACAGUUUGCUGAUGAUGUGCCCUGGUGGCUGUUGCUCGAACAACCGGCCGUAUGGAUUGGUGACGGCAAAUUCCAGGAGUUCUUGACUCUUUUUCAGCCGCGGAAAGACCAGUUCAUUCGGGCUAUGGAGAGGGCCGAGGCCAAAUCACGGCUGGCCACGGAUGAGACAAGUCUCUCGGCUCGCAUGCGAGACUCCUGGGACAGCGGGCGCUUUUGGUUCAACCUUGCAUCGCGUAGUAGCUUCGAUAUCAGCGAAAUUUACUGGGAGGUGUUACAUAAAGAUGGUUUAGGCGAGGCCCUUUUAGACAGUGCGAUUCUGAAGGGGAAAGAGGCGUUCUUGCAACGGAAGAAAGCCCAGUUUGACGCCUAUAGAAGGGAAAAGGAAAGUGACCAGCGCUUUACUGAUUAA